AUGCGUGACGUUUCGCCGCCGACGUUGGGAGAACCACAACAACAGCAAGAGCAGGAGGGUGUAGGGGCGGGGAGGUUCCCUCUGGUGCGGAAUAGUUCAUAUGGGAGUCAAGAAGGUGGAAACUUUGAGGAUCACAACAUUGAGAUAGUUAGAUUGAGGUCUAGUAUAUCUGUAAGAACGAUGGUUUUGUCUAGCGUAGCUGCAAUGUUGACGGUAUUGAUGUUUAUGGUUGCUCUGCUAGUUCCGACUAGCAUGAGUGCAAGGUCAGUGAUUGGAUUGGGGGACGGGAAAGAUGGUACCCAUCAACACGACGGGUGGGGGUCGUUACUUGGAUUGGGGUCUGGUUCUGAUAGGAACGUGAGGGUUGAAGAGCACGAAGACACAUUACGGGUUGAGCAACAUCGAACGGCAUCGAAGAAAUUAUACGAGAUGGUUAGGGACAGUGAAAGAACGUUCUACCAUGAAGAGGAGCAAGUUUUGGGGUCUAAGUUGUUAUCUAAAAACACUUUUUCCCGACAGCCUUACGUUUCUAAUGGUUAUAUUGGUUCAAGGAUUCCAAACGUUGGUUUUGGGUACGCGGAUGAUGAGUUAAAUAUAUGGACACCCAAUUCAUCUGUACCUGGAGCGUUGGAUAACGGGUGGCCGUUGCGGAAUAAAAGAUAUGCUGGGGCAUUUGUAUCCGAUUUUUACUCUUUGCAGCCCGAACUCAAUUCCACGAAUUUCAGAGAGUUGGAUGCCGACGGUUAUUCGACUGUGAUUUCUUCUAUCCCUCAGUGGACCGAAUUGUCGAUCAAUAUGCGGCUAGGUGAUGGAAAUACCCAUAAAUUAUCACCCACUGAAGUAGAUCUCGAACAAAUUUCUGGUUAUGUUCAGAAUCUUUCUUUGGCAAAUGGUAUUGUGUCUACUGAGUACCAUUGGUUGGAUACGUUAUACGUGAAAACGUCUAUAGUUGCCCAUAGGAAAGUCUAUCCUUUAGGAUUGGUGGAAAUCGAAUUAUCACUUUCGGACAUUGAUGAAGCAAUAAAGUCCGAGAAUAGUGAUAAGAAGUAUGUUCGCUUCGGAAAGAACGAUAGUGAUCAUAGUUAUAAUAAGAACGAUGAUGAUGAUGAUAAUAAUAAUGUUGAUGAUGAUGAUAAUGAUAAUGUUGAUGAUGCUAAUGAUGGUACUAAUGAGUAUACAAAAAGUUCCGAUACUAAUAAAAAUGGUAAUGAUAAUUACAGCCGCGCUGACAUCGACGAUGACGACGACUUUGUCCUCAACUUAGAAAUUCAGGACAUAUUAAAUUUUACAACCUCCCAUCGCACUGUACUCAGGCAAUUUGGAUUCGAUGAUAAUGGAAUUUAUAUGGUUGUUGAGCCUGAUAAUGUUCCGUAUUCUAACGCAUCUAUUUAUUCCUCCUGGGAAUCUUGUGGCGAUGCGGUGGUAACAGCAAAUGCAAAGCAGAAUUCUUUCGAAGCAGUAACACAGUCAUUGUCUGUACAAUUGACUAGAGCUAACCCAGCAGUCAAAAUCCGCAAGUACGUCGGUAUUGUCUCCAGUGAAUACAACGAAGAACCCAUCAGUAAUUUAGAACGUGCCAAAAGUAUUGUAAUGGAAAAUUUCGGCAAUUAUGAUGCCCUAGUAAAUUCACAUGGGGUAGCAUGGGCGGAUCUUUAUGCAAACGCUUCGAUCGAAAUUCCUUCGGACUUUUUGUUGGAACUAGCUGCAAAGUCUUCCUUGUACCACUUAUUGGCUAAUACCCGUUCGCACAAUAUCUCUUCUUCACGUGGUUUGCCUGUGCCGGUAGCAGGGCUCUCAAGUGAUUCAUACGGCGGUAUGGUCUUCUGGGAUGCAGAUACCUGGAUGCUACCUGGUAUUCUUCCUUUCUUCCCUGAAACUGCCAAACAAAUGGCAAAUUACCGUAAUGCAACUCAUGCACAAGCUGUGAGAAAUGCACGAAAAUACAAUUACCCUGGAGCAUUAUAUCCUUGGACGUCGGGUAGGUAUGCAAAUUGCACAUCUACGGGGCCUUGUGUGGACUAUGAAUACCAUAUCAAUAUUGAUAUUGCAAUGAGUUUAUUAUCUAUAUAUAUGAAUGGAGGCGAGGGCGUCGAUGAUGAUUACCUCAGAUACACUGCUUGGCCAAUUAUUCGAGACGCUGCUGAAUUUUUUACUGCUUAUGUGAAUUUUAAUGACACUCUAGGUGAAUACACUACACAUAAUAUGACAGAUCCUGAUGAAUUUGCAAAUUUUAUCGACAAUGGAGCUUUUACAAAUGCUGGAAUUAAAACUUUGUUAAGAUGGGCCGUUGAUGUUGGCAAUCAUUUGGAAGAGCCUGUAGAUAUAAAAUGGGAAGAUAUAUCUGAAAAUAUCCAUAUCCCAACCUCAAAUACUAACAUUACAUUAGAGUACACAGGCAUGAAUGCCACUGUUGAUAUCAAACAGGCAGAUGUCAUGUUGAUGGUUUAUCCUCUUGGUUAUAUUACUGAUGAGAGCAUUCUAAAUAAUGCAAUUCAAAAUUUGUAUUAUUACUCAGAACGUCAGUCUGCAUCCGGCCCUGCUAUGACAUACCCUGUUUUCGCCGCUGCUGCAUCCACAUUAUUGAACCACGGUUGUUCUUCGCAGAGUUACUUGUAUAAGUCUGUCAUUCCUUAUUUGAGAUCGCCAUUUUUCCAAUUCAGUGAACAAUCCGAUGACAAUUUUCUCACUAAUGGAUUGACACAACCGGCAUUCCCUUUCUUGACAGCUAAUGGUGGAUAUUUGCAAAGUUUGUUAUUUGGCCUAACUGGUUUGCGUUAUUCUUACACUGUAGAGCCAACUUCCAAGAAAAUGGAAAGAUUAUUAAAAUUUAACCCAAUCCGUAUGCCAUUAUUACCUGGUGGUAUUCGGAUUAAAAACUUCAAAUAUCUGGGCCAAGUCUUAGAUAUUAGCAUUGGUGAUGAUAACGCUACAAUCACCCACAAAGCUGGCAAUAAUUCUAUUAAUGUAAAAUUACCAGACAGGUCUUUACUUCGCGACAGAGAUGUUCCUUUUGCCAGAGAGAAGAAUUCCAUGCUCUCUGCAAGAGAUAUUAUCCCUUAUUCGGAUCUCAAACAGUCAAAUUAUUACACCGUUAACCCUGGCGAUACCUUGGUCUUACCGGUCUACCGCCCUGGUUUGAAUAUUCAGGGCAACGUUGCUGAGGGUAAACAAAUUACAAAUUUGACAAGAGGUGUUCCAGGGGAUGUUGCGAUUUCCAUGUUAGAUGGUAAUAAUUACACUCACUGGCAGCCGUUCGAUAAAUCUGAACGUGCAUUAUUGUUAAUUGAUCUUGGUACGAUACAAGAAUAUGAAAUUACCGGAGGUAAAAUACUCUGGGGGGAUAGACCAGCUAAAAAUAUAUCUUUAUCGAUUCUUCCCCACAGCAUGAAUAUUACGCAUACGCUAAAAAAGUUGACCAAAUUAGUUCACGACAAUUUCACUGAAGACUCACCUGUCUCUUGCGGCGACGACGGCGUUGAACUAUGCAAAGUGGAUCCGGAGAAAUAUAAUACUGUAUCUAUUAACGACAUUGAUAGUGGUAUCGAUGAAAUAUUCCGUUGGAAUUUAUUUGAUGUUCGUGAUAUUGCCCCAGUAUUACCCGAGCUGUUUAGCAUGCUCCAAAACUUCGUGACGGUUUUACGUGAUUAUGAGAUUAAACCUUCCCAACCAUUCUUCCGUGGCGUUUAUGAAAGAUCCCAAAUUGCCAUUUUACCUAGUAAUGAGACUUCAUUUAAGAUCGACUACUCAAAGGUCGCCCAGCUGAACCCAGACUACGACGGUAUUGAUCUCAGUGGCACCGACACAAGUUGGAGAAAGACAAGAUUCGUAAUGGUUUCGGUGGAUGGCACUUAUGACGACGAUGAUAAUCCUUACGGCAGUACCAUCAAGGAAAUAGCUUUGAUGUGA